AUGAAUAACCCGUUGAGGAUGAGCGGAGGAAGCACGAGCUCCAGAGGCAGCACUGGAUCGGGAGGAAGCGUGAGAAGACAGAAUUCAAACAUUGGCGACGCCAGUGUGUUCACGACAAGAACGGCCAAUGCAAAUGGUUAUACACAGACCACGACAAGGGUGUUGCCAAACGGAGAAGAGACAUCCUAUUCAUCGACCUACACAUACCAGACGGGAAUCGCACCACAGACCACGACGAUGCUCAAUCAAAGUCAUCUAAUGUCAACACAGCGUCCACAGCAAGAGAGUGGAUUCAACAGCGAGGCAUGGCGCCAUCCCGCCUUCAACGAGAACUUCACAUCGCCAACGCAGCAGCUGGUCAGUCGCAAUGGCCAGCGUCGCAGAUAUAACCCCGGAGACUUUGACGACUUGACCGAGGCCGAGCUUCAAGAGUAUGACUCGGACGACGAGGACGAGUACGAUGACGAUGACGAUGACCAAGACGUCGAGUAUGAGGACCCAAUCAAAUAUGACUUUAGCAAGCUCAACUUUGAUGAGAUUGAGAAGCAACAGAUUAGAGAGGCCAUCAGACUGUCUGCUGGAGAAGACGUCGACCCUGGCCUCUACAUGAUGGACGAGGAGGCACAACUACAGCGCGCCAUCAACGAAUCGAUGAGGAUCAGCAGACUACAACAACAUCAGCAACAUCAACAGCAGGUCAAGUCGAUCAGGCGACAACCAGGCCAGCCCAGUCCGACCGGCGCCAAGCCGUUGGCCAAGAAGAGAGUAAACGUGCGACAGGACCUGAAUGAGUACUUUGACGACGAGGCACCUGAACAACGUGCGGGCGACGUCGAUGACUCGUUCGAGCUGUAUGAUAACCCUGAACUACGUGGCUACUUGUCCAGAAACGAGCAGACCCGCGUCCAAAACGAGCAACUACGCAUGCAGAGACAGCGUGCGAUCGACGACUCUAGACGCAUUCGUGAGGAGCAGGAUAGAGAGGUGCGUGAGUCCUUGCCAAUCCAUAAUCACUGGCUGGCUGGCUGGAUGGCUUGCUGGCGACCUGUAUAUUUCCCGUCAUACAUACUCCUACCCUCCCCAAUCAAUCACUCUACCCUUUUUGGUCGACUACAAUUGACACAUGAUACAGCCGAUGUAUCAUUUCAAUCAUUCAAUGUCGACACUCUCCAUCUUCCCCACCUCCUCAUGGCCUCCAAUCCCUCUCUCUCUUUCACAUGCCUUAUGGAUCGAAUGUUUGGUUGGCCACACAAAAGGAAGAUGUCCUGGUGCAUGUCAUUGGAUAAUGCACUACGCAUUCUGGUCACUUUGGCACCAGGACAAAUCAUAAUCGUUGUUUACAUAUCCACCCUGCUUACCUCC